AUGGGACAAGAAGAAGAAGCCGGUUACACCCACCAGCUCGGCUCCACCCUCGGCUCGGCUCAAGUACCUCCAUCUCCGUCACUUGUCACUCUCUCCCCAUUCCCUGCAAUCCCAACUCCCUCCUCUCGCCGCAGGCUCUCCAGCCACUUCACGCCGAAUCGAGCCGUCCCCUCUGCUCGGCGGCUGGCUUGGGUGUCUUUGCAAGGGCGGGUUGUGAAUGCAGAGGAAGCUAGUUCGGGUAAAGCCAUUGGGUUGAGCCGGGAAGAUGGUGUGGCCUGGGAGCUGUUUAGUCCUGCUCAAAGGUUUCUAAUCGUUGCUGUUAUUGGUGUUGCGGUUUCUGAGUCUAAAAAGAAUGGGAUCAUUAAUCAGCUCCAAAAGUCUGUGGAGCUUAGGGUUUGUUGCUUGAUUUUGUAUGAAAGAAUUGCAGUUCCUUUAAACCCCACCCUUGUCCUGUUGCUAUUUAUUGGUAUGACCUUUUGUUUGAAUGAUCAGGUGCUAUCAAGCAUGCAGCAGAAGCUUGAUAAUCUGUGUGAUCAGCUUAGUAACAUUAACAACCAGGGAGGAACCAAGGCCAAUGCACCCUUCAACAACAACAAGAACAUUGAACUGCCACCUAACAAUGUUUUUGGUUGUGAUAAAAUUAAAUUUGUUGAAUGUGGUUGUUGGCAUUGUGAUCAACACCAUGACCUGCUUGCUGGUUUGAUGGGAAACUCUGUUGUCAAAGUGUCUAGGGGCGAUGAGGUGCUGCAGUACAAAAUUCCUUUCAUAAAUGAGGUGGAGCAUGAAGAGCGUCGCAUGUCAGAUUUGUCAGAUUGGGCUUCAAGUGUUACAUCUGCAGCAGACAUACAGGUGAUGGAAGAUUCAGAAGCAAUGAACACUUUUGCAAUGGACCAAGACAUCGGCAAUCUCAAGAGAGAGUGUGAAGAGAAGGAUUCCACCAUAAAGGAGCUUACCAGUAUUCUUCAAUCGAAUAACAUGGCAGGUUCUAAGAGAAUUGGAGAGUUGGAAGACAUUAUCCGCCGGAAGAACACAAUGAUUACAAGACUUAAAAAGGACAUGAUGGUAUUAGAACAAAAGGACAAAGUCAGAAUACAAAAUGUUCUGGGCACAAUAGAAUAUAUAAGCAAACAGGCUGCAGUUUUGUUCUUGAGUAAUACUGAAGAUCAUUAUCGUGUCUCAGAUAAUGGUCUAAUUUCCAGAACUCAUGGGGUUUUACAGGUGGUGCAUGUUACAAGACUUCGUAGACCAUCCUCAUUGUCUACCUCAGACAGUUCAGAACUUCCUCUCAUGGUGAAUAACAUAGUUUAUGAUAUGGAUAGUACCACUAGCCCUUCCUCCUCUGAUUCAGAUUCCUCUCCAGUGAACCGACCACAAGCUCCUGCUGCUAAAAUUGAGGAGACUUCUAUCCAGAGUAGUGAGGUUGGUUUGACAAAAAACCAGAAAUCAGCUCCAGCAAAGGACUCAAGUUCUUUGGUAGGAUUAACCAAGCUUCACAUACAGUCUAGAUCAGAAAAACCUCUUAAAGAGAUAUCACCAAAUCAAAAGUCCAUUGGACUUCCUUCUUCAAGGCCAAAGCAGUUGUCAGCUGGAGGGGAUAUCAGAAAGAUUAGAAGGCGGACUCAAAGCGCCGAUUGUAACCAGAUUGCCUUCCAGUCCAGCUCAUAUCGGUGGGCUGCUCCUCCACGUCUAGUCUCUCUUUCACCAAUUUCUCCGGUUUCUGGUCCCACCUCACCCCAGCUCUUGAGCCAGUUCAAGCCAAGCCUGGCCUUUCCAUCAGCUCUGGGGUUUCCAUGGGUGGCCCCAGAAGAACAGCUUCUGAAUGCAGAGGAAGCCAGCUCAGCUAUAGCCAUUGGCAUUGGCUUGAGCCGAGAAGAAAAUGUGGGUUCGGAGCUGUUUAGUCCAAUUCAGAGAUUUCUCGUUCUUGCUGCUAUUGGUGUUGCUGUUGCUGAGUCUAAAAAGAAUAGGAUCAUCAAUCAGGUGAAAAAGUCUGUGGAGCUAAGGGAUAAGGUUCUGUCAAACAUGGAGCAGACGCUUGACAAUCUGUGUGAUCAAUUCAACAACUUCAAUAGGCAGGAAGAAACUAAAGCAAACGAUGCUUUUGGCUACGAUAGAAUUGAAUUUGUUGACAGUGGUUCUUGGCAUUAUGAUGAACACCAAGAACAUGAUGCUGGUUUGAUGGGAAACUCUGUUGCAGACGUACGUAGAGAGGUUGAGAUGGAACAAGAAGAGCAGCAAAUGUCAGAUCUUUCAGAUUGGGCUUCAAGUGGUUCUGCAGAAGAAAUACAGGUAAUGGAUGAUUCUGAAGCAAUGAACACCUUUGCAAUAGAGCAAGACAUCUUCAAUCUCAAAAGAAAGUGUGAAGAAAAGGAUGCCACCACUAAGGAGUUGAGCAUCGAUCCUCGAUCAAUUGCAGGUUCGAAGAGAAUUGCCGAGUUGGAAGACAUUGUAUGCAGAAAGAACACAGUGAUCAGAAGACUUAAGGAGGACAUCGUGGUCUUGGAAGAAAAGGCAGAGCUUAGACUUCGGAGGCCAUCCUAUUCGUUAUCUAUCUCGGACAAUUGGGAACUUCCUGUCAUGGUGGAUAAUAUACUCUAUGACCUGGACAGUUCUUCCUCCUCUGAUUCAGAUUCCUCUCCUGCAAACCAUCCGCAACCUCCUGCUGUUAAAGUUCAGGAUUACCCUGUUCAGAGUGAUGUCCUCACUUUGACAACAGCCAAGAAAUCAGCACAAGCGAAGGGCUCGAGGUCUACAGUAGGAUUACAAGAACUUCAGACAAAGUCUAGACCAGAAAACCUAAGUAGAGAAAUAUCAACAAAGCGAAAGUCCAUUGGACUUUCUUCUACGAGGCCAAAGCAGCUGUCAGCUGGAGAGGACAUCAGGAAGAUUAAAGGAAAAACAAGAGAACUUCAGGCAAACUCUAAAUCAGAAAGUCCUCUUAAAGAAACAUCAAAAAAUAAAAAAUCAGCAGGACUUUCUUCUUCAAGGCCAAAACAAUUGUCAGCUGGAGGAGACUCCAGGAAGAUAAGAAGGCAAACUCAAAGUGCAACUAAGGAUACAGCUCCAAAGAAGAGAUGGAUCUAG